CAUGCGCACUACAACCCUUCAGUAAAACAGGCAGGCAGGGCCGUUUGUGUCAGGUUUGCUUGUAGCCUCGCUGUCAGCCGAAGUUGGGACACAGGGGGGAGUGUAUCGCUGCCGGCCGUCUGAAGGAAAGCUCCGUGGAAAAGCAGGCAAUGGAUAACUUUGAAGAUGAACUCACCUGCUCAGUCUGCUAUAAUAUUUUUGAUGACCCGCGAAUCCUUCCAUGUUCACACACGUUUUGCAGGAAUUGUCUUGAGAAAGUUAUACAUUCCUCAGGCAGUGGUCUGUGGAGGACAUCUGCUGCCUGGCUUAAAUGCCCAUCGUGCCGAAACACUUCAGAACUAACAAUGUCGGGAACUCUGGCCCUACCCAUAAACUUUGCAUUGAAAUCCAUUGUUGAAAAGUACAAAAGUGAAAACCACUUCAAAGCAGCCACCUGCCCCGAACACAACAAACAGCCCUUAAACCUAUUUUGUCUUAGAGAUAGAAAAUUAAUCUGUGGCCAGUGCCUUACCGUAGGGCAACACCAAGGGCAUGCAAUCGAUGAUCCAGAAAGUGCCUACUUAAAAGAGCGGCUGACUGCCUCGAAAUAUCUCCACAUUCUGACUGACAAACACUUCAUCGGCGUCUCCUUCGUCAUUGAGAAGUUAGAAGAACAAAUGAAUUAUUGUAAACAGAUUGUUUUGGAUGAUAAAAAGGAGGUGGUAAGUUGUUUCGAGCGGUUGAAUGAGACAUUGGAGCAGAAGAAGCAAGAUAUGCUGGCUGCUCUCAGUGAUCUCAAUCGACAGAUUGUCGAGGUGUAUGCUCCAAAGAUAGAGGAGAUGAAGCAGAUUCAAGAUGAAGAGUUAGAUCUCAUCUCUCUGAGCAGCUCCGUUCAGGAAGAGCCGUCCCCUCUGCUGUUCCUGGAAAGCCUUCACAACAUACGCAAAAGGAUGAAAGCUCUAAAGAAGCAGGAACUUGUCACUGUCCACCCAGUUGCAAUCUACCCUCGAGUCAGGCAGUUUCUAAAUAAUGAAUGGGCGAAAGCUAGACUUGGUGAAAUCAAUCUGGUGCCAACUCCAACAAUAAAUCUGUGCUUCGAAACACCCAAAAAAUCCCGAAUGCUUCAAGAUAAAUGGACAGUUCUUUGUAUUUUACUAAUAAUGACUUUAUUUUUUGUACUAAUGUUCGCUAUCUGGUUGUACGACACCAACACGUUAAAUUAUUUUGCUUCUAGGUACAUGUCGUACCUUUCUGAAAUCAUGGAUCCUGUUAGGAAGGGUUUGAGCAGCGCCACGUGUGCCAUUCGGGAAGCCGCACUGCACUGCUGGCAUCUUUCUGAAGUUUGGCUAUCACGUUUGUUGUGAGCGCAACUAAAUGAUUCUUUCUAAACACAUGCAACUGUAUGAAUGCAGGCUGCAUUUUGUUUUGUUUUUUAAACUAUAGAUACUCUUUAUAUAAUUUUAUAUAUAUAAUAUUAAAUAUAGUCCAA